AUGAUUUGGAGUCAUUGUGUGUAUGAGAAAAGGUUGAGAAAGAAACAGACAAAUAAGGAAAUAGAGGAAAAUGCAAUUGAGGUUGAUCCUGUUGAUGCGCUUCCUGUAAAAACCUUGGAUGGAAAACUCUACUAUAGAACAGGCGAUGCCACCGGACAGGACCUGAGUGUGGUGAAGUUGACAAAAGCAGAAAAGCGUGCAAAGCUUAAGAAAUUGAGGAAAGAGGCAAAGAAACAAGUGAAAGAGGAAGUGGAGCAAACUUCUCACGCAGAAGUUUUGGAAGAAUCAAACAUCAAGUCUCUAAGGGAGAUGCUGGAGAUUUCUAAAGAUGGAAACAGGGAAAUAGUCAUACUCGGCUUAAAGUCUUUUCUGGCUGUUUUCAAAGACACCAUUCCGGGCUACCGGAUCAGGUUGCCCACGGAAAAGGAGCCAGAAAUGAAAAUUUCGAAAGAAGUUCAAAAAAUGCGACUUUAUGAGUCCACCCUCUUGUCUGCAUACAAGAGGUUGAUAGCAAUAGAACAACAGACCGUCUAUAAGAGAGUGUCUGUGGUUCUGUGCGGUGUAUAUGUACUUUGCUUGCAGCAGUACCCACUUCAACUUCCAUGA